AUGCCGCUGUUGCCCACCCACACAAGCGGCUCGACUGUCAGUGCCAGCAGUGACCUGGCCACAAUGACGACACUCUUUGGGGACAACGUGACUUUAAGUAGCACACCGCUGGCAUCGAUCCCAACCAGAACACCACAGCCCAGCAUUACGCCUCCAAUCACGAACAAUGCCUUCGCACAAUCUCUUCGUAACUUGAAGCACCUGUGGCCGAUGCUGAUGACCUUUGUGGCGGUCACACAAUUUUUCGUGCCAUUCCACACUAGCUACGAUCACUGGCAUGUCUACGGUGUCCUACAUAAUCCAGACGUUGUCAACCCGCGCGAGUCAAUAAGUACCUUAAACAGCUAUUCCGCUCCCUCCGGUUCGACCAGAAGUUCUCCUAAACUCGAUCCUUACCGUCCCGCCCUCCGACACCAUCACUGGAGUAGCAUUAGCGGUACUUCGACCGACAGCGAGAAUCUGUCGUCCAAAGGCGACCCGGAUCCAAUAUGGAUGCCCGUUGUGGCGCGCAUCAGCACGCACGUAUUGCGUCUAGAAAGAGAGUUCUACUAUAACCAGGCGAUCGUUAAGGAUGCCGACCCGGAUUGUGAACAUACCGUCCGACCCCUUGAGAUCUUCAAACUACCUACGACACCAGGCGAUACCCGUCCCAUAGUCGUCUGUGUAUAUGAAGCUCCGGGCAAAAACUAUCUUCGGGAGGUUCUGGACAUGGGACCGGCGUUCUAUGGUCUCAACAACCACAGGAUGAGUGUCGCCGAUGGUACUCCCGGAGAGCGAAUACCACUCCAGGCAUUUCUAGAUUUUGCUGUCGGCGCCGCGGAAACACUGGAGCUGUUGCAUCACGGUGCCAAUAGUGUCCAUGGCGAGGUUCGCUCAGACACUUUUCACUGGAACCGCGAGACAGGCGCGGUCAAACUGGCCAAUGUUGGAAACGGGCCUCGAGCGUUCGAAAAUCUGCUGUCGAGUGAGGGGUGGGCCAACCUCAGCCGCGAGAUUGGAGUCAAGAAUAAACUACAUUUUAUUGCUCCCGAGCAGACUGGGAGGUUACCAGCCGAACCCGAUAGUCGCACAGAUAUAUAUAGCCUGGGGGUUCUCUUCUGGACACUGCUCACUGGACAGCCCGCCUUCGAUGCUGAGACCCCUAUCGACAUCGUCCAGCGUGUUCUCACACAUCGCCUUCCCUUGGUCACCGCAAUUCGCAUGGAUGUUCCUGACGCCAUUGCUCAUAUUAUUGCCAAAAUGACUCAGAAGCAGAUGGAUGAGCGAUAUCACUCAAUGAGUGGUCUGAGGUAUGAUUUGGUACAGAUUCAAAAGUACCUAGGUGAAGGAGACCAGGAAAAGAUCAAAAACUACAAGGUCGGGCAACGAGACGUCUCGUCCUUCUUCAUCCUACCCACCAAACAAUUUGGCCGACAUGCGGAAACGGAACGUAUCACCAAGAUCAUCGACAAGGCUCAGAAGCGGCACAGCGCCUCGAGCGCGAGACCGUCCCCUUCACAGCAUGGUCUUUUGAGUGCUGGAUCCAACUCUUCCAUUUCAGACAGUCGCGUGGAUGGAGCCGAAGAGGCCCCGGGCUCUGACGAUUCAAGCUCGUUCGGUUUCCGGGAGUCUCGGAGUAAUUCUACCACUAUUGGAUUGGAUGGCGCCUACACUCCGGCUUAUAGCAGCAAACCCAAUCUCAAUUUGUUGGGAAAGCGUACUCGAGGCAUCGCCGACCCCAGGAUCGCGCCAUUGGACGUCUUGUCCGACCGGGACAGCAAUUUCUCGGGUGGUUUGCAGCCUGCAACUGAUAUGCUACCCGGGAUGAUGAGUCGAAGGAGAAACAGUCACAAGUACAAGCGAAGGUCAAAGACCGAGGUCAUAAGCAUCCUGGGGCCAGCAGGAGUUGGUAAGACUGCUUUGAUCAAGGCAGUGCAGCCUGUUAUCCGUCGCCAUGGCUAUUUCGCCCUUGGCCGAUUUGAUAGGGCGCGACCUUCUCCUUUUGAACCCUUGAUCAAGGUCAUGGCAAGCCUCUUCCGCCAGAUCUUCUCCGAGAAAGAUGUCAAUACACCGUAUCACGAGCACCUUCGCGCUCACGUUACACCCUUCUGGCCGAUCCUCCACUCGAUGCUGGAUCUUCCUUCGACGCUACUUGAUGUCACGGUCCUCUCCAAGAAGCUCUUGGUCAAAACAGAUACCGCAAACCAAAGCAUCAACACCGAAGUUCCCACAAUUGACAGCAAUGGUCCCAAAACGCAUGUGAUUCCGCCUCACCAAGGCACGUGGGAUGCCAAUGACUUUUUGCGGGGACCAGCCAACACCAAGUCUAUUCGACUAAUCAACACGUAUAUGGACGUCUUACGCACAAUCUGUACUGGGAAGCUCAUCUGCGUCUGCUUGGACGACUUGCAAUAUGCUGAUGGGGAAUCAAUCGAACUGCUGAUGCAUAUCAUCAGAGCGAAGGUGCCGGUUGUGCUUAUGCUGUCAAGCAGAGUGGAGGAUGGGAACGUUCCUGAACCGAUGGUCAAACUUCUCGAUCUCGAUUCUACCAACAAGAUCGAAUUGGCAAAUCUGCGCGAAAAGCAUGUCUUUGAAUACGUAGCAGCAACAAUGUCUCAACCUGUGGAGACCGUUCUACCCCUUGCUGCCGUCGUCUACGCCAAAUCUGAAGGGAAUCCAUUCCUCGUCAAGGAUAUUCUCCAGACAUGUUAUCAACGGAACUGUCUGUGGUAUGAUUGGAAAGAAUCAGGUUGGCAGUUCGAUCUAGACAAGAUUUUCAAUGAGUUCAGCAGUGAAGGCUGCACGGACAACGGCUAUCUGACACGUCGGCUACAAGAAUUACCGCCCGCCGCAAGGUCAAUCCUCGCAUGGGCCUCUUUGAUCGGAACAACUUUCUCCUUCAAGCUAAUCCAAUCCAUUGUGACCGGGGAUUUCUUCUACAGCAGCGGAAGAGAUCAGACCCACGACGCAACUUGUCCCAAACGCGCCAAAUUAAUCAAUCUAUCGGAAACCGAUUGCAUCAAUGCACUGCAACAACUCGUCAACAUGUACAUCAUCAAUCCAGGCGAGACCGAUGACGAAUUCCGCUUUGCGCACGGGCGAUACUUGAAAGCGGCGAACGAAAUGCGCGAGUGUCAGAACACCACCAAGAUGCAUUUCAUUAUUGCUCAAGCGAUGAUGACGUACCUCAGUCAGUGCAAGUAUAAUUUGUACCCUUUGGCACGUCACAUAUGUCUGUCUGCAGAUAUUGUGAAAGAGAGGAUUCCAACUCGCAUGCGGUACCGCGAUGUUCUUUGGCGGGGAGCGCAAAAGGCAAUUGAAACUGGCGCGAAGCCUACGGGCCUUUGGUAUUAUAAGACUGCGCUCCAGUUGCUACAAGACGACAAAUGGAACACGGAUAAUCCAGAUGUCUUCUACGAUGAAACUCUUCAACUUCACGUUAAUACCGCUGAAAUCAUGUAUCUUCAGGGAGAGGAAGCAGCGGCUCUGGAACUUCUCAACGAGACAUUUUCCCAUGCACGGUGCUCGGCAGACAAAACCAGGUCAUACAUCCUAAAAGGACGUGUGCUGGCUUCUCAAGGCAAUUUCAUGGAUGCAUUCGUGAGCCAAAGAGAAUGUCUGGCAGGGCUAGGCCUUCCCCUGCCAGAAGUGACCUGGGAGGAAUGCGACGUCGAAUUCAAGAAGCUAGAGCUCCGACUUCAACAACUCGAUAAGGAGGCACUCCUGACGGCCCCAUUGAGCGAAGACAAAACCGUAAUCGCUCUUGGUACCGUUCUCUCGGAAGCCCUCGGCGCUCUCUACUGGUCGAACGCUCUGCUCUGGUAUCAACUCGUCAUCGCUUUUGUCAAUACAAUUCUCGAUCGUGGUGUUUUCAUUCAGGCAGGGGUCGGCUUCACCAUGCUUGGUGCUGCUGCGAUCGGCCGCUUCAAGGACAUCGAGUUGGGCCUCUCUUAUGGCGACCUUGCCCAAGAAUUCUACACCAUGUUUGAUGAUGCUUGGACGCGAGGCAGGGGUUGGACCCUGUACACACUCUUUAUUGGCCACUACCAGACUCCGGUCCGAAAUCUUCUCCCUAUCCUCGAUAGCGCACUCGAAUAUUCCCUCUCAUCCGGGGACAAGUUUGUCAGCAUCCUGAACGUUGGAUCCAUGGCUCUUUCAAGAUUUUGGGCUGGACAGGAUCUCGGUGAAGUGGAGGCGUUCUGCAAUUAUGGCCCAGAAGAGUUUGAUGAUUGGGCCAAAGAUCGACGAGGGGGAACACUUCUGAUUAUUAUCCGACAGGUCGCCCGGGCGCUGCAAGGCAAAACGAUCGCAGCGGAUGCGGCCACUCUUCUCGACGACGAAGAUCAUCAGACCGAGUUGUGGUUGGAUGAGUGUGGGAAGUACGCCGCCAAUGCACAACGUUCUCGCGACAUAUACCACGCGAUGUCGCUCGUCGCGUACCAUUUGAUGGGCUAUCACGAGUACGUCGUCAAAAAGGGGAGGGAGCUGCUCGCCGGAAGUCUUGACGAACUUUGGUCUAACAGACCUACCUGUGGCACUCGCUUCUACCUAGGCUUGUCGCUCAUCGCGCUUGCAAAGGAGAAGCCCGAAGAGGAGCGUGGACCUUAUAUUGAAGAAGCGAGGGAGAUGAAACGCUUUAUUGAUGACUGGGGUAAAGUCAAUGACGUGAACUACUUUGCCUGGUCCAGGAUACUUGAGUCCGCGAUUUCCGACAUAACCCAAGUGUACUACCACGUCACUUCCAACCUCGAAAUGGCCAUUGACCACUGUCAAGUUCAUGGCUUUGCAAUGGAGGAGGCGCUGGCUAUGGAAAUGCAGGCGGAUUUCCUGCUUAUGCGAGGAGCAAAGAGAGCCGGCAAGGUCAUGAUCCAAGAAGCCAUUGCCGCUUGGAACAGAAUCAAUGCCGCUGGGAAAGCUCGACAACUUCAAGAGAAGCAUGAGUGGCUGAUCAAAACCGCCACUACCUCGAGGACCAUGGACGCCACUACCCAGACCCAGGAUUUGCACGCAUUAACAGUCGGUGAAGAUGCGCAGAUCCAGAACAAGCGCGAAUAUACAAACCAAUGGGUACAACCGAAGGCAGCAGUGGCGACCCAAACGCCCCAGGAUGUGCCUGGGCUGGGCCUGGAUAUCCUAGAUCUCACGUCUAUCCUCGAAUUCUCACGCGUCAUUAGCUCAGAGCUUCAAAUCAACAAUCUCCUAUCCAAGAUGAUUUCAGUCAUUCUGGAAUCUGUUGGAGGUCAAGCAGAAUUCUGCGCAAUCGUUAUCGACUCUGAGGAUCAAGGAUGGUGUGUCGCGGCCAGCGCAGACCAUGAAACAGGUGUCAAGACUUACCCUGAUGGGAUUCCUUUCUCUGAGGUCGACGAUCAAGCUGCCCAGCAAAUCACCCAUUACCUCCUUCGGACGAAAGAGACUGUGUUUGUGCACAACGUGCUCGAGGAUGAUCGAUUUUCCAAUGUUGGUGAUGCCUACUUGGCAAGGAAUCCUCAUGGCCGGUCCAUUAUUGCCAUUCCUAUCAUCCAAGCUGAUCAUUUGAUGGGUGUCAUCCAUCUCGAGGGGCGGCCAAACGCCUUUACCCAGCGCAACAUGAUCGUCCUCAACCUUCUCACCAAUCAGGUCGCCAUCUCCCUUGGCAAUGCGCUCCUUUACAGAAAGGUUCGCAAGGUUAGCGCAUCAAAUGCGAGCAUGGUCGAGUCGCAGAAGCGCGCCCUCGUGGCAGCUCGCGAGGCAGAAGCUAAAGCCAAGAAGGCCGAGGCCGAGGCCAUGCACAAUGUCAAACUGAAGGAGGAGGCAGCGAAGGCAAAGUCAAUUUUCCUCGCCAACGUCAGUCACGAACUCCGAACUCCGCUCAACGGUGUGAUUGGUAUGUCCGAAUUGCUCAAGGGCACUCCUUUGAGUAAAGAGCAAGAACAAUAUGCGGACAGCAUCCGGGUCUGUGCAGAUACUCUCCUUACCGUUAUCAACGACAUCCUGGACUUUUCGAAGCUCGAGGCCGGCAAGAUGCAGAUGUUCACGGUCCCUCUAAAUUUGAAAGAGACUAUCACCGAGGUGGUGCGGGCGCUAGCCUACACUAACCAGGAGCACGGGCUCAAAACCGUCGAAGAUCUCCAGAUCGACGAUAACCUGGUCCUCGGUGACCCUGUUCGCCUUCACCAGAUAUUUAUGAACCUCCUGAGCAAUGCCUACAAAUUCACUCCCAAGGGGUCCGUCACGGUCAGAGCUCGAAAGAACGCCGAAACGAGAGACAAGGUCAAGAUUACAUGCUCCGUUGCAGAUACAGGUAUCGGUAUCACGCAGGAGCAGCUCACGCGCCUUUUCCAACCUUUUUCGCAAGCCGACUCGUCCACGGCACGUUCAUAUGGAGGCAGCGGCCUUGGUCUCAGCAUUUGCAAGGCCAUGAUCGAAAAUGUACUCGGUGGGAAGAUCUGGAUUGAAUCAACGCCUGGCGUCGGCACGACGGUGUCAUUCACCCUUACAUUCCAAAAGGCGCCCAAGAACAGCAGUGUGCCCAACGAGAUUCAAAUCUCGGCCAAGGACCCAGACCCCAUGGCAAAUUGGUCACAGUCGGCCAGUCCAGAGACAGAGCAAAAGACUUACAGUUUCUGUGAUCUGAGCAAGGUUCCCCGCGAGGAAUUGCGUGUUUGUAUCGCUGAGGAUAACCAGAUCAACAGGAAAAUUGCCAUUUCAUUUGUCAACCGGCUUGGCUUGAAAUGUGAAGCUUAUGAGGAUGGGAAGCUAGCCUACGAAGCUUUGCAGACCAAGAGUAGGGAAGGGAAGCCAUUCCACCUGGUCCUGAUGGAUGUCCAGAUGCCUGUACUGGAUGGCUACGAAGCUACCAAAGCGAUUAGAGCCGAUCCGGACCCCAAUGUCAGUCGAGUCCUGAUUAUCGCCAUGACGGCUUCAGCAAUUCGUGGCGACAGAGAGAAGUGCCUCGAGGCCGGCAUGAAUGACUACCUUGCCAAACCUGUCCGUCAAACUGCUCUAAAAGCCAUGCUGGACGAAUACCUCCACAAGAGCAAAGGAGCGGCCGAGAACUUUAUGAAGAGUUCCGCGUCCAAAGCAGCCACUGUCGGUGGCGCCAAUGGCGCUGCAGAAGGCGGUAGCAAGUCAGGCAGCUCGACUCCGAAUGGUCAAGACCCACCGAUGAGCCCGAUAGAAAGACCGAAACUGCGACGCCCAUUCAAGAGGGUUAUGAAGAAAGUCGAAGCCAGCGUUGCCGAGGUGAGCGGAGAGACCAACAACGAAUCCAAGACCACAGGGGCAGAGAAUGGUGAAGCUGCAACCCCGAGUCCUCCGAGUGGCAAAAGAGCAACAGAUGAAUUAGGGAAGAUCACCUCGGACCAAGUCACUCCCAAACCAGCUCUGGAAAUUGGUAUAUCAACCACCAAUGGACAUGUCAAUGGUGAGGUGAACGGCACCGGGCAUGACACCGAGGCAGUGCCGUUGUUAACCUUGACGGAACGACCCGCAAACACUGAUCAUACGAAGGCGGAACCAUCGUGA